AUGAAUGAAGAAGAGUCCAAACAUGAAAUUGCUAACAUACCAUCUGCAUUAUUGAAUGGCAUCCGACCAAAAUAUCAACGAACCCAAAGCUAUUCUCUCAUCUGGACUAACACUGAUAUUGAUGAAACAAGCCCUGAGUAUCAAAACGUAUUAGUAAUGUUGCGUAGUGUUGUUAACAACGUGAUAGUCUGUACCGGACGAACACAAUGUAUUGAAUUCCUCAACGAUAUGGAUCAUGAAAACGUUAUCGUCAUCUGUGCUCUAGAAUUAGCAAAUCAGUUUGUGCCAAUACUACAUGGCAUGCCACAAGUAAAUGCCAUUUACAUAUUUGGUAGCGUUAAUUAUCGGCAUAAACCAUGGAUAGCAGAAUGGACAAAAAUUCAAGGCGAUUUCACUUCAAUUCCGUCUCUUCAUACAUCAUUAAAAAAGUUCACUUGCGAAUGUGACCACAAUUUGAUGCCAAUGAGCUUUGUUCCGAAACGUUUUCUGGCAGCAACUGCAGAAGUAGAAAAUCUUGUUCUAUUGGAACCUUUCUUUAAGUACUCCUUAUUAUUCAAUGAAAUUAUAUCAGAAAUGCACGAAGACGAUACCAAAUCGGUAAAAGAUCUUGUUUUCUAUUGCAGUAGCAAAGAUAUUUCCGAAUCCCAAUUGAAGUAUUUCCAGAAUCAAUACCAGCAAAAAUCGGCAGUUUCGUUGUACACUGAAGAUAUUUUUCUUCGUAGCAUGCUGAAUCAUGCCUUAUUUUCGUUCAAUAUGGAAAUUGUAGCGAGAAUGAGCUUUUUCAUUCGCAAACUCCAUCGACAACUUGAAGAGCUGCAUAAAGAACAAUCAAAUGCGUAUGCAAACGAGUUUAUUGUAUAUCGUGCUCAAGCAUUCACCGAACAGGCCUUUAAACAGUUGCUCGAUACGAAAGGUGGAUUCAUCGCAUUCAACAACUUCUUGUCUACAAAUAAAGAUAAAGAGGUAGCCAUUGACUUUGUUGAACGUGCAAUACGCAAAAAUAAUGACAUUUUUGGUGUCAUUUUUAUUAUGAAAAUCGAUCCAAGUAAAGUAUUGGCUACGGAUACUCCAUUUGCUCUUAUCGAUAAACACAAUGAUAUUCCUCAAGAAAAUGAAAUUCUUUUUACAAUGAAUACCGUUUUUCGUGUCGGUGAAAUCAAACAGGCAGUCAAUCAAAAUCGUCUCUGGAAAGUUCGAUUGGCUAUGGUAGAUGACAAUGAUACAGAACUUGCUAUGCUCACCCUUCGAAUGAAGGAAGGGAUCAGCUUCAAUGGAUGGUAUGAGCUAGGCCAAUGGAUGCUUCAUGUUGAUCUAUUUGAUCAAGCUGAAGAACUCUACGGUGAACUACUUGAGAAUGCUGCGAGUGACGAUGAUAAAAUAUGUAUCUAUCAUGAGCUAGCGAGAACCAAAGAGGGACCGAGACAAUAUGAAGAAGCAAUUAUGUUCCAUGAAAAAAAAGUUGAAAUUAAACAAAAAACUGCGUCGGCAGAUGAUCCUUCGUUGGCUCUAACCUACACUAUUAUUGGACAAUUGCAUGCUAACAUCGGUAACUACUCAAAAGCACUAGAGUUCUACAAAAAAUCUCAUAAUAUCUACAAAAAAACACUGCCACCAAAUCAUCCAGAUUUGGGUACUUCCUACAGUAACAUCGGUCAAGUAUACAGUGAAUUAGGUGAUUACUUGAAAUCUCGUGAAUAUUAUGACAAGGCGUAUAAAAUCUGGGAGAAAAUUCCACCUCCAAAUCUUCCUAACAAAUCUGAUUCAAAACAGGAUACUGGUCGUUUGUAUGAAACUAAGAAUUACGACUCGAAAAGGCGCCAAUUUUAUCAAAAAGUAGCUGCGCAUGCGCGACGCACAUUACCUACCAUUCGUCGGAAGCUCCAAGAUGGUCGAAAGGAGUUUCUAAAUCCGAAAAUAAAAGACUAG